AUGCGACGCUCGUCUAGACUUCCUCUACGAUGUGCUCUUCAAUUCAGUCCUGUGGCUAUGUCAACCAAGUAUCAAGGAGCUAAUCCGUUUAAUCGCUCAAAAAGAGUCCAAUUUUUCAUCCUGCUCUGCCCUACUUGCCCUGCAGGCACGGUGGUCACCAGUACCCCAAGUCACUCGACGGUGCCAACAGGACGUGCUCCUCUCGUAUUUGGCCAUCAUCAGCCUGUUUACACAAACUCCACCGCAAACGGUUUCGCAGCCCCGUCCAUUUUCGCCUCUGGCUCUGCUUUCAACACUGGAGUGUUCCGCACUGGAGCGUUCCCCACUGGAGUCUUCCGCACUGGAGCGGCCGGCACUGGAGCGUUCAGCACUGGAGCGUUCAGCACUGGGAUAUUUGGCACUGGAGUGGUCAGGCAUGAAUCGCUCAGCACUGGAAUUUUCGGUACCGGAACCUCUCCAUCGGUCGUCCUCAGCACCACCAAUUCCACUGGAAAAGUCAGCGUUGAGACUCACUCUGCUGGUGAGGGUUUUGUCACCUCGAAUGCUCCCAAUGGCUCUGUAUCUAUGAAGACACAGCCUGCCGGUAAAGUGGUUGUUAGCUCGACUGCGUCCAACGGCGAGGUCACUGUCGAGACUCAGUCUGCUGGCGUUUCUCUCGUGAGCCAUACUGCCUCGAAUGGUGAGGUCCCCGUUGAGACUCAGCCUUCUGGUGUGUCCCUCGUUAGUCAUACUGCGUCCAAUGGUGAGGUCACCGUUGAGACUCAGUCUCCUGGCGUGUCCCUCGUUAGUCACACUGCGUCCAAUGGUGAGGUCACUGUCGAGACUCAGUCUGCUGGCGUUUCUCUCGUGAGCCAUACUGCCUCGAAUGGUGAGGUCCCCGUUGAGACUCAGCCUUCUGGUGUGUCCCUCGUUAGUCAUACUGCAUCCAAUGGCGAGGUCUCCGUUGAGACUCAGUCUCCUGGCGUUUCUGUCGUUAGCCACACCGCUCCCAAUGGCCAGGUCACUGUCGAGACUCAAUCCGCGUCUCCAUCCAAUGGUGAGACAACCGAAGCCUCUCCUUCUCAGGCUGGCGAGACUCAGUCUGCUGGUGUAUCAGUGGUCAGCCACAUCGCUCCCAAUGGCCAGGUCACUGUCGAGACUCAAUCCGCGUCUCCAUCCAAUGGCGAGACAACCGAAGCCUCUCCUUCUCAGGCUGGCGAGACUCAGUCUGCUGGUGUAUCAGUCGUCAGCCACAUCGCUCCCAAUGGCCAGGUCACUGUCGAGACUCAAUCCGCGUCUCCAUCCAAUGGUGAGACAACCGAGGCCUUUCCUUCUCAGGCUGGCGAGACUCAGUCUGCUGGUGUAUCAGUGGUCAGCCACACCGCUUCCAAUGGCCAGGUCACUGUCGAGACUCAAUCCGCGUCUCCAUCCAAUGGUGAGACAACCGAAGUCUCUCCUUCUCAGGCUGGCGCUCAAGUAUCUCAGGCUGGCGCCGCCCAGGAGGCUGCCACCCAAGCUGCUGCAUCUGGAAGCAGUUUCCCUGGCAGCAAUUCCCCUGGAAACAGUAGCCCCAGCAGCAGCGCCCCCGGAAGCCCCAACCAGGUCGCCGCAAACCCCGCUGCAGCAAACAGCGCUUCCGGCAGCAACGUCUCCGGAAGCAGCUCUCCUGGAAGCAACGCCCCCGGAAGCAGCUCUCCUGGAAGCAACGCCCCUGGAAGCCCCAACCAGGCCGCCGCAAAUCCCGCCGCAGCAAACAGCGCUGCCGCAAGCAACGCCCCUGCAAGCAACGCCCCUGCAAGCAACGCCCCUGCAAGCAACGCCCCGCAAGCAACGCCCCUGCAAGCAACGCCCCAGGAAGCGCAAACCAGGCUGCUGCGAAUCCCGCCGUUGCUGCCCAACAGUCCCAAGCUGCUGCCGCUGCUCAAGCUUCCGCCUCGCAAGAAGCCGCCGAAGCUGGUGAAACCUACGCUCCGAGUGCGACUAACGGCACGUCACCCUCCUCAUCUGUCAAAGCCUUCCAAGGCGCUGCCUCUUCUUUCAAGGCCUCAACUGCCAUCGUCAGCUUUGCUAUGGCUGCUGUUUCAAUUGUGA